GUAUAUUCUUGGGGUUGUAAUAAAUACGGCCAAGUAGGAAAUGGAUCGUAUGAUCAAGUUGUCACGCCUACUUUAAUAAACAUGCCUACUUUAAAAGACGAUGUGGACAGGAAGCGUGUCGUCGAUAUCGCGUGUGGGAGUUAUCAUUCUGUUGCGUUGACGGAGUCUGGUGAGGUAUAUGCUUGGGGAGUAAAUGAUUAUAGAAUACAAGAGAAGAGUAGUGAUAUCACCAUGGAUCAGGCUACAUUAAAUACACCUAAGCAAGUUACCACCAUCUUUAAUAGAAAGAAGAUUGUUUACAUUUCCUGCGGUACGACCUUCACCAUGGCAGUCACUGAAAAUGGUGAGGUGUAUAGUUGGGGUGAAAACAAUGUUGGCCAGUUGGGAAUAGGCAAUUACGAAAACCAAACGAUGCCAAUGGAAAUCAGUUCACUGAAAGGCACUGUGAUAGUCAAAGUGGCUUGCGGAU